AUGAAUUGGCACCGACUUAGUGACAAACUUUCUCCGCUAAAAAUGAUGACAACCACGAAGAAAGUCGACUACUUGUCGACGACACCAACAUCGACUACGACGCCCUCGUCCACCAGCCAACCGGACAGUCUGGAUCUAGACUACGAUAUGUGGCAGGGUCAGUUUGAGUUCGUUGGUCCCACCGUUGUUGUGCCAAUCAACGCUGUGAACGGUAGCAGCAGCAGCAUCAUCGGUACCACGUCGCUCGACAAGCAGUCGCGGACGUCCUCAUCUAGUCUAGAAGAUUUACGCUUAAACGGGUACAUCCCACCCGAUCAGCCGGUGCUGAUCGACGAGGAAACGUUCCUCAGCCUGCAUCCAAAUGACUUCCCUUCGUCCGGACCUCAGUCGGGAUUUUUCCUGGACGAUUACGGUAACCCAAACCAAAAUGGAAAUGCGCACGAGACGUACCAGCUGAACAACAAUAGCAUUACAGCGAAUGGUAAUGUGAGUGGCGGCAUACUCAAUAUCAAAAUGCUCAACAACAAAACGAACAACCUCAUCAGCUCAAGUACGAUCGAGGAGAAGAACGCCAAAAACAACCUAAUCAACAAUAAUCUAAAGCUGAUCAAUGACAAUCCGGAGCUGGGCAAUAAGUACAUUUUAAAAUCGAGCAACAGUAGCAGUAAAAUGAGCGAUCUAAUUAAGACCGACUUAUGUGAUAAUUUAAACGAACAACUGGAAAUACUACAACGGCAAGUCACCAACCUGGCAGAUACCCAGAGCAAUGUCGACGACCGUACGAGUAGAACCAAAACGGAAUAUGCCGUUCUUCAGGCUCGUUAUCACAUGCUGGAAGAACAGUUGAGAGAGACUGAGUUACGAGCGGAAGAACGAUUGGCCGAAGAACAAAAGCGUCACCGGGAGCUAUUGGCCCGUGUCGAGCGAGAGGCAAAGCUGCAGAAUGAAAACUGCCAGAUCCGGAUACGUACAAUGGAGAUGGAAGUAACCGGGUUGCGCGAGGAGAUACAGCGAUUACGUUUGCAAAGUGACAAACAGGCGGCCGAUCUGCAUGCGACCGAAGAGAAGCUGGAGAAAGCCCGCGACUCGCUGAUGAUCUCCCAGCAAGAUCUCGUUGAGGCGAGAGCGGAAGAAAAGAAACAUCGAGCAGAUAAGCAGGCGGCCGAGGAACUGAUGGUAGAGCUGGGCAAAGAGUGUGAACGGCUUCGUACUGAACGUGGGCCCGCGCUGCCCACGACUUCGCCAGAGUCUCUUAGACUGGAGGAACUGCAUCAGGAAAUGGACGAAUUGCGCCAGAAAAAUAAGUCACUGGAAGAAGCGAACGAAGAACUUCAGGCUAUGAUGCUGACGCGCAGUAUCGAAGAAGGGCGAAAUCUUCUGAACGGCACAUCGAAUAGUUUGGCCCAAGAGCUAGAAGCCAUGAGCCAGAAUCAGGAUACCGUUGAUUCAACCACUUUAGCGUCAUUAACACAGCUGCAGGUGGCAUUUCAGGAAAAGGAAGAUGAAAACCGACGACUGAAGCAUUACAUCGACACGAUGCUGUUAAACGUGGUGGAAAACUAUCCGCAGUUGCUAGAAGUGAAAGCCGCUUGA